CCUAGACUCGCGCGGGCUAGCGCAUUUUCUUUCGCUCACCUAAAGCCCCACGAAAAACCGCAUCAUGCCCGACACCGAAAACGACUGGGAUAUGGUCCACGACGCCAGGGAUGCCGAGUGGGAGGACAUUGUUGAUGUCGUGGAGAGAAUGGCCGCCGAACAAGCGACUCGAGAAGAGGGGGCUGCUAAAGGGAGGGUUCUGGGAAGCCAGGGCUUCCUGGCUGAUAUGUGCGCGCUCGGAUUCGAGUUCUGCGUCAAGGCCGUCACCCAAGGCUUCCCCAAGCCCACCUCCUUUACGAACUCGUCUAAGUAG